AAAGCGCUUUUCUACCCAUCGAAUCAAUUGAGAUAUUGUGGUUGCACAAAUGUGUACCCCUCUUUUAACCGUCAAAGACAGUGGAAAUGGUUAAGUUGUGGACUAUUUACGCAAAUUUGAAAGUGAUUGUUUCAUUCAUGAACACAUUCCCAUUUAAAAGAGAAUGUGCACGCUUGUGCAGACUUUUAGGUUUUUUUUUUUUAUUUUACUUCCCCUCUGUAUAAGUUUCAUUUUUUUCCAUUGAGUCGGUCAUACUAAUGGUGAAUGGUUUUGAAAUAAUUCACAUUUUUAGAUCACAAAAAUGUGGUAGAUGCACUGGGAGUGUAGAAUAACGUCAUUACGCAAUGACAUCAUCACGCAAUGUGAACGUCAUUUAGCAACAAAUUGGCCAGCCUGGAGCAGCAUCCCCUGAAAAUAACGAGUUAGCAACCCUGGGCUAUCACUCCUCCUUUGUUCUGUUCAGUACACCUCAAAAUGUUUCACUUCACCAUUAAAUCGGAGGAUCUCUGAUUGAGCUACAAUGCUGUUGUGGUAGCUACGUUACUACCCCCGAGGUAUCGUGUAAAAUGUCAUGUUUCGCAUAGCUAGCUCAUUAAAUUAACCCCCCCUCCCCCGUUAGCUUUUCCUCUAUCGUGUAUUACUGGGAGCGAGUUACUCUCCCUGCAUUGCAGUCUUCGCCAGGGGGUGAAGGCUCCAUAUUGUGCGGCUAUGUUAGCUGCUAACUUGAGAGAGCGAUAGAGAGAGAGAGAGAGAGAGAGAGAGAGAGAGAGAGAGGACUGCGCCAAAACCAAGGUCCGGAUUUGUGACGUCACAGGGAUCCAGAGACCUCUUUGACAGGACCGAGGUUGACUUCCAAGACCACCUGGUUGUUCGUGUAUGCUGCUUUUUGUUGCUUUAAAUCUAAAUUAAGAUUGUUUUUUUUUUUAAAGGGAAUCCCACUAUCGCCCCCCGCCCCACCACCCCUGCCUCCUUCAACCUACCAACCGAGCUCCACCGCUGACCGGCGAGGACAAACAAGCAGCAGACCAGCUACUAAUCCCCGGGACGGUCACAUCCACGCCGUCGAAGGGCGAACUCGAUGUCCUUUUACGACAAAUAAACAGAGACAAGGAUCGAGGGGAUUAAAUGAGUCGAAGUAAUCAUCAUCGAGGGGGUUCGACAAAGCGAAGCUGAAUGUCCAUUGGGUCUUUAUUAUCGUCACUUGAGUGGAGAUGGGGGCUUUCGCGAGUAGACAAAACAUAGGCGUGGAAGAAGUCGAUAUUUCGUCCAGUUCGGUAUACCGUUACCCACCGAAAUCUGGAAGUUACUUCGCCAGCCACUUCAUCAUGGGCGGAGAGAAGUUUGAUUCAACCCACCCGGAAGGUUACCUGUUUGGAGAAAACACAGACCUUAACUUCCUCGGGACCAGACCAGUAGCGUUCCCAUACGCAGCCCCUCCACCUCAGGAACCGGUGAAGACGCUACGAAGCCUUAUAAACAUCCGCAAGGACACCCUGCGGCUUGUGCGGUGCAGCGAGGACCUCAAGUUGCCCGGCGAUGAUGAGGCGGGCAAGCAGCGGGCCUGCUACAACGUGGAGUUCACCUUUGACGCCGACACGCAGGUGGCAAUCACCAUCUACUACCAGGCCAUCGAGGAGUUUCACAACGGCGUGCCAGUCUACCUGCCCCAGGACAGCUCUCUGCAGUCGGAGACGGUGCACUUCAAGAGGGGGGUGAGCCAGCAGUUCUGUCUGCCCUCGCACACCGUCAACCUCAGCGAGUGGGCGGACGAAGAGCUCCUGUUCGACCCGGACCGGGAGAUCUUCCCCAUGGUGGUGCAGGCCGCGGUCGACGAGGGCGACGAACACUUGGGCCACUCUCACAUCCUGCUGGCCACGUUUGAAAAGCACAUGGACGGCAGCUACUGCGUGAAGCCUCUGAAGCAGAAACAAGUGGUGGAUGGCGUGAGUUAUCUCCUGCAGGAGAUCUACGGGAUCGAGAACAAGUACAACAGCCAAGAAUCAAAGGUUGCCGACGACGAAAUUAGCGACAACAGCGCCGAGUGCGUGGUGUGUCUGUCGGACGUGCGCGACACGCUCAUUCUGCCGUGCAGACACUUGUGUCUCUGCAACGCCUGCGCCGACACGUUGCGCUACCAAGCCAACUGCUGCCCCAUCUGCAGACUGCCUUUCAGAGCUCUGCUGCAGAUCCGAGCAAUGAGGAAGAAACUCAGCCCUUUGACUCCAACCAGCUUUAACCCAGUCAUCACUUCACAGACGUCAGACUCAGAGGAACACUCGGCAUCCGAGCAUAUCCCCCCGGGUUACGAGGCCGUGUCUCUUCUGGAGGCUCUCAACGGCCCCCUGGCCACGUCCUCCGUGGCGCCCCCGCUCCACUCCGGCCCCAGUCACGUGUCGGGGGCGCUCCCCCCAUACGGCAGCGAAGCCCACCCGACGCCGGCCCGUUCCCUCUCCCCCCUGGACCACUCCAGCUCAAGUCAGGGGCUCAAACUCAAGAAGAGCGGUUCCAAGUCGCUGUCUCAGAAUUCCUCAGUGCUUCCUGAGGAGGAGGAUGAAAAGUCUUGCAGCGAAUCAGAGGCUCGUCGCCACAAACGUACGGUGGAUCCGCAGGAGUGCGGAGCCACGCCAGACAGUGAAAACCUGACUCUCUCCUCUUCCGGGGCCAUUGAGCAGUCCCCAUGCACCGGAACGCCGCUCUCCUCCACUAUCACUUCCCCCGAAGACCCAGUGAGCAGCAGCCUGGCCCAGUCAGUGAUGUCCAUGGCCUCGUCCCACUCGCAGCACUCCCACAUCAGCACUGACACCAUGUCCUCCAUGUCAGGGUCCUACCUGGCUGGGGCGGACGGCGAGCCCGGGGGGGGCCAGGAGGGGGUUGACGCCCAGGGCGAGGAGAACCGGGCCACCCCCAUGGAGAGCCGAGGACCCUCACAGUUUGAAGGGGAGUCAACCGACUUGAACUACUCCGUAGCCGUCGAUGAGCAGGACUCUGAGGGGAACGAUGUCACGGAAGAGGACCGCCCCUCACCAUCGAACGGCAAAGGUGGGCGGAGCAGGUGUCCCGAGUUGGCCAAUAAUAAUCAGGGCGUGGCCCUGUGUGACACGCCCUCUUUGGGCUUGGACAAUGAGCAGGCUCCUGACGGCCGAUUCGCCGGUCUGAUGUACCUCGGCGGCUACAGGCCCAUACUGGACUCCACCAGCAACCGGGAGGAGCAGAGGGUGGAGAACCUGGAGGGCCAGAGUCCCAAACCCUCCCACCGUGGACCUCUCAUUGUGUAGCGCGUUUCCACACACGCACACACACGAACAAACACUACUACUACUAUUAGUACUACUAGCACUUCCUACUCAGUGCUUCAUCGCUGGAUAACGGCUGAGCAGGGAACCCCACCACCACCACCCACCAACACCACCUCCGGGUUCUUCUCCAGUGAGGUGUCAUCUGAGCACUUUUAUAAGUAUUUUAUUUCCCGGUCUGUUUUUAUUUAUUACCUGUAGUUUGAACUUACUCGUGAUCGUUUUAUGUUGUGACUUUUUUGGUUAGAAGUUGCUGCUGCCCCUCCUCCUUCACCAGCCAAUCAGUCAGGGGCUACUGUGAUCUGCAAUCACCGUGUCAGUGCGCUAAAUGCUCAAAACAAAACCCGCUCCUCUCUGGACGACUUUUGCUGAAUGUGAAAACGAAAGCAGACUCGGGACCUGAACAUUAAAUGAAUGUAGGAAGGUAAACUCCCAGAAGGAGGUGCUACUAUUAAGGUAGGAUGGGACUCGUUUUCCUUGAUUUUUUGGAAAAUGAGCACGCUCGAUUCAUCGCUGUACGCUAUACAAAAAAAAAAAAAAGUAAGGCGUAAUAUUGCUUUUGGGUUAUAUUUUAGGAUGAAUCUAAAAUGCACUAAAACCUUUACCGGUGCACUUAGUUUGAACUUCUGUCAAAUUUUGAAUGCUCACGUCCAACUGUUUGAUGUUUUAUAUUUUUUGGGGGGUACAAGUUGCUGUAAGGAGCUGAAUGUUAAAAUUCACAGCCGUGAAUCGGCCAGUAAAGUUCGUGGUUUGAUUAGAACUAAUAUUUGGACACGCCUCUUCCAAGAUGAAACCCAAUAAUUGAUCGACAGAAGUGUGGCCUCUUAGCUUGGAGCGUCACAGAAUGUCAUCAGCUGGUUGCAACAGAGAGACUGGAAGAGUCACUGAAAGGCAUAGAAGUGGAUUGAACUUGUGAAUUGAUGUUUUGAUUUUGCCAUUCAGGUUUUUUUAAAAAAAAUUUAAAGAAAAAAAGCAAGCUGUACAAAAAGUACUGAAACAUUGAACGGUUGGAUCGUGAUUAUUAUGCCCAUCACCGGCCACACUAAUCCACUCCUUGAACUGGAAUCAAACCCCCAACCACCCAGCCUGUGUUAGCAUGUCAGUAUUGUUGCAGUGCGACUCUCGGAAGCCAUCACCCAGCAAUAAAAGUGGCUUCAUUUUCUCCUCAGUUUGCACUGAACGGAUACAUUUAGACACUUUGUUCUUCUCAUGAGAAUUUUAGUAACAGAGAUUCAUAUCUUGAUUUUUUUUUUUUCUAAGUUAACCUCCUCUUGAUGUCAGUUUGUGUUUUUUAUCCGUUGCGAAGCACUGUGUUGUUGAUUAGAAUGUGGAUUAAAACCAUGUGAAACGUUUGUAAAGGUUUAGAGCAGACACUCACAUGGACUCACGUACUGUAGCCGUUCGUAAAGGGACAUGAAUGCACUCUUAAGCCGUUUCCUAGGCGACGUAACGUUGCGGUGCAUGAGGCCGAAGGUGAAGCAUUAUACGUCCGGGUGGCAGGUCUCGCGUCUUUUUCGUGAAGUGGUCGUCUCUCGGGUGGGAACAUCCAUUUCCCGGACUGUCACAUGUUCACAGUCUGAAUGUGUCGUCAGCGGUGAAUCCGAAUCUGUAAGAGCAGCCCACUUUUUGUAGGAUUGUAGGCGUGAACGUGAGACGGACAAUAAAGUUUCGUUUGUUUUGUUGCAA